UUUGAACUAAAAUUUAAAAGAGCCUUUUCAGGCUUACAAGAACCUACGAAGUAAGACUAUGGGCGUUUACAUCAUAGGAAAGUUUGACUCAAACUUGCCACGUUGUUAGGCUGUUGCAAGUGUCUCCCGCUACAUACAUCAUUCAUACCUGCUAAACUCCAUUCUCAUUUCUUGAUUUGUUGCAGAAACAAAAUUCCAUUCUCAUUUCUUGAUUUGUCACAGAAACAAAACCCCAUUCUCAUUUCUUGAUUUGUCGCAGAAACAAAACUCCAUUGCCAUUUCUUGAUUUGUCCCAGAAACAAAACCCAGACAACUGACAGAGCUCCAUUGCCAUUUCCUGCGGGUGAACCCAAGUUUCUUGAUGUGGCCGGAGCUCGCCCUCAAUACUUCGUAUGGAGUCCUGGGAGAACCAGGCCUUGCUCUUGCUCAUCAGCUUAUUGGAAGGGCAUUGGGAAUUCCUGGAGCUUCUAUUCAUUGAAAUGCGAAAACAAAGAAAGAUGGGUCACAUCACGUUUGUGGGGCCCUCGACGGGCAUCGUGGAAGCAAGACUAAGAUCUGCACUUGAAGAAAAUGUCAAGGAUGGCCUGUCUUAUGUUGCACCACGUGUCGGAAUCAUAAUGGGGUCUGAUUCAGAUCUUCCUGUUAUGAAGGGGGCUGCAAGAUAUACUUCAAGAUUUUGAUGUGCCCACAGAGGUGAUCUUUCCAUCAAUCCAUUACCUUGCAUUAUUUUAAUUUCACCUCUCUGGUCAACCAUCAUAUGUCCUAAUGUCCAUAAUAUGGCAAUAAAAGUUCAUGAGUUUUUGCAGGUAAGAAUAGUGUCCGCACAUAGGACUCCUGAGAUGAUGUAUUCUUAUGCUCUGUCUGCAUUAGGAUGUGGUAUUCAUGUAAUAAUUGCUGGUGCUGGGGGUGCGGCCUACUUGCCUGGCAUGGUUGCUGCAUUGACUCCAUUGCCAGUCAUCGGAGUUCCAGUACGAGCCUCUGCUCUCGAUGGAAUGGACUCUCUAUUGUCCACGGUUCAGAUGCCAAGAGGUAUCCCAGUUGCAACCGUUGCUAUAAAAAAUGCAACAAAUGCUGGUCUGCUAGCAGUGAGAUUAUUAGGGAUCAGUGACAUGAAACUGCAAGCAAGAGUUGCUUGAGAUGAUCGAGCAAGCAAUGCCAGGUUCGGAAGAUAUGCAAAAGAUGUAAUAAACUGGGGAUGGAAAGGAAGCUGGGCUAAAAGAUAUGCACAAAAUGUUUCCUUCAGG